CCGAACCACAACGUCCGCUACCCCGCCCCCGCCCCCGCCGUCCGCGAUGACCACCGUCUCCCCCUUUGCCCGUGCGAGCGUAUUCGACGAGCCCCGCCUCGGCGGCCGCGAGCAGUCGAUCGAGGAGAUGUACAGCGUCCCGGAGAGCUUCCUCGAGAUCGAGGUGCGCAAUCCGCAGACACACGGAUUUGGGAGGAAGAUGUACACGGACUAUGAGAUCGUGUGCAAGACGAACAUCCCCGCGUUCAAGCUCCGCCACUCUGUCGUGCGCCGCCGCUACUCAGACUUCGAGGCCUUCCGCGACAUCCUCGAGCGCGAGUCCACGCGCGUGAACAUCCCGCCCCUCCCCGGCAAAGUCUUCACGAACCGCUUCUCAGACGAGGUCAUCGAGAGCCGGCGUGAGGGCCUCGAGCGCUUCCUGACCAUCGUGGCUGGGCACCCCCUCCUCCAAACCGGAAGCAAGGUCUUGUGCGCGUUCCUACAGGACCCCGCGUGGGACAAGGCGCAGUGGCAGUAGGCCCUGCGCUCUGAUCCCCUUCUCGCCACCGCAGCAGCAGCAUUGCAUCUCUGCGUCUCCUCCUUACGUUCAUGCUCGCUCACGCCUCUUUAUCGCCUCUGUUUUACGCUCUGUCUGCUCACCUUGUAUGUUCAUCCCAUUUAACGGAUCACCCUACCCCCGGGAAUAGCGUGCACUGCCGGUGCAUAUCUGCCAGCUCGAAGGCGUCUCGGCCGAUAACGGCAAAGUCCAACAAUUCAUCACAUCC